GAAACGUUUUUCCAGCUUUAGUUUCACAGACGAACCCUAGCAGGACGGACGUGUUUAAAGCGCGGUUAAACCAAAACAAAUAAAAUGAAAUUAUCUUUAAUUUUUGUUGGAAUAUUUUUUGUGGCUCUUGUCGGUUUCGCCCAAGCCAAUAAAUCGAUUGCACCAGAAGAUCUGAAGAAGCAUCAUGAACUGAAAGCCCAACAUAACACACAUGGUAGAGUACUUGCCAAGCGUGAACACAAGGGUGAUGCAGUGCCACAUAAUAAGAUCAGACAUAAGAAGGAGUCAACCUUAUUGCACUUACAACAUCACCACCAGGAUGAAUCAGAGCGGAAGCACAGGAACGUGAAUGGUGAGAAGCACACACGCAAGGCACGUCACAACAAAUCUAAGCAAAUUGUCGACAAAUUCAAUGGACAUGAAACCAGUCUCAAGCGAAAACAUAAGAAACAUUUUUAAAAACUUAAAAGGAAUUUAAUAAAACAAGUGAAUAUAUAAGAAUAAUAACAAUA